CUGUUUGCUCAUGGCGAUUAGGCUGGGCACCCACGCAUUUCAUGCUGUCCUAUCGCGCAAGUCCCACGGCUACAGCCAAGUUCUCAGGUCUUUGGAGUUCGAGCUGGGCCUCGCACGGACACGGACAAUGAGACGGAGGUUUGGGAAAAUAGUGAAGGAGGCCCAGGGCUUAUUCAGCAUACUUUCUUUUUGAUUGUGUUGUCGCGAGGCGGAAUCAGGGAUAUUUAUGUGC